UUACCUUGUGUGCUCUUGACGCGGCAUGUCUGUGUCUGUUCCGCCGCCUUGUCGAGUCAUCGCAGAGCAGAGACCGCAGCACACAGAGCCGCUGUCCGGGGGCUCAGAACCAGGGAAUAACUGUGGAUUACCGUGAAUCUAAUGCACCACACGCACCGAGGGGAGAGAAACGCUGCAUACUGGAACGGACUUGACGCUGUUACGGAUGAGGAUAUUGUAUCCCUGAGUGGGACUUUUACCGUUUAGUUGCGUUUUGCAGACCCGGACACAGACAACACGGAGACCGGAGAAGCACCACCAGAGCCGCCGCGACACCAGCGAGCGAACUUGUCUUCGCUGCCCUGUGGGAGGUGUCUGUCUGUCGGCUUGGGGGCUCGCUGCACGCACCGCCACACGCUUCGCUGUUCGGACCUUUUUUUAAUUGCAGCUGGUUAUGGUUGCUGCUAAGUUAUGUUUUCUUUGUAAAUAGCUUCUUUUGUCGGGUUUUACUUCAACCAACUGUGGCUUGAACGUGACGCACUAUACUGACAGUACUGCUGUGUCGGAGCGGACCCCCCUCUGCAGAGAGUUUCAGGAUUGUAAAUCAAGUUUUUACAUUCAAGUUUCUUCUGUGCCAACAAAGCCAACACAGAUGUAAUAGUGAAAAGGGCCAAAGCAGAUCCAGGCGGGCCAGGCUAGGCCUACCUAGCCUACUGUCUGGCCUUACCAGGCAGGUCAACAACCUCUUCAGUGUCCAACCAUCAUUUAACCCCAUCAGAUCUCCAAGUGGAGCUGGAAAGGAUUGUAUACCAGUCCUAGUUCGUCUUAUCAGCCUUUGAAAGGUGGUACUGAUCUGUUAGAUCUCCAGUUCUUCCAUGUCGUGGUUGCUCCUCUCUGGAUGUCGGCAGCAGGAUGGAUUCAGGUGUUAAUUUGACGUUUAUCUCCUCAUUGCAGUGCUUGCAUCCCCCCUCCUUCAACUGCCUGUUGUCCAGCCCCUGUACGAUCUUUAGGCGAAAGCCCCUUCCUCUCACUUGGGGCUUCCCUGGGCCCUGUUCUGAAGGGCUCAGUAUGAACUGUAGGUUGUUUUGAAACAGCCGACAUUGCAAAGAGAGUUAACAAAUCCUUGCAAACAGUGAAAUACACAAUGAAGAUUUCUACAUUGGAUAUAUUUCAUUGAGCUAUUUUCAGUAACCCACCCUUUGUCUUUCCCCGAGUUUGAUCGAGCGAGGAGGAGUUUUAAUUUGAAGCUUGCUUGUUGAGUUUUGUGCCCAUUGGUGAUUUCUUCUUUAUACAGAAUUUCUCUUACUUUUGGUCCAAACCUUGAGGAGAAAUGUCUGAAAGCAACAGCAGCAACAAAGCGGUGAAAUUCAUUGCCCCAGCCCCACCUUCUACCUCCUCCUCUCCCUGUCCAUCACCCCAGUCUGCCCACAAAAGUGUGAACGGCUCUGCCAGUUCAGACUCCCACUUGGUGGAGAAGCUUGGAGGACAGCCUGAGGUCCAACGCCGGCGCCACACGAUGGAUAGAGACUCUAAAACAGCUGAGCACCGCUUCUUCCGUCGGAGUGUCAUCUGUGACUCCAAUGUCACAGCUUUGGACCUGCCCAGCAAAGCAGCGGUGAUACUCACCUCUCCUCCGGACUGUGAGGGGCCUCCCACCUUUUUCCCCUCACAACCCAUGGGUCACGGACCUGAGGUAGGAGAUGCUGAAGAUGUGCAGGUCCAAAGUUUGAACCUGCAGCCUGGUCUUGGAGGUGAAGAGGGGGACUUAAGAAAUGCUGAGGCAGAUUUAGGUGCGGGCAGUACAACGCUGGCUGCUCCCACCUGCAGCAGUGUUGAGCACAGUGCAGAUGGGGCGGCGAAAGAGCCCAGCCCGACAGCAGUGGAUGUUACAGAAAAAACAGUUGUCAAACAACCCGAUGUCACAUUGCAUCCAGAGGAUACACAACAGGUGGUGAAAGAAAGAAAAGAGGCAGAGUCAGGUAGCGUUAGCAGCCCAGUGGAGGAGAAAGACAAGGAGACAGAGGAGGAGAAGGAGCUAGCAAAAGCGAGAGCGGAGCAGAGAGAGGCAGAGAAACGAGUGCAAGAGGAUAUAGAGGAGGUGGAGACUAAAGCUGUGGGGACUUCACCGGAUGGACGCUUCCUAAAAUUUGACAUUGAGAUUGGAAGAGGAUCCUUCAAGACGGUUUAUAAAGGACUGGAUACAGAGACUACCGUGGAGGUGGCGUGGUGUGAGCUCCAGGAUCGCAAGCUGUCCAAGUCGGAGCGUCAGCGCUUCAAAGAGGAAGCGGGGAUGUUGAAGGGUCUCCAGCAUCCUAACAUUGUCCGCUUCUAUGACUCCUGGGAGGGACCAUGCAAAGGAAAAAAAUGUAUUGUUCUGGUCACUGAGCUAAUGACAUCUGGCACGCUGAAAACCUACCUGAAGCGUUUCAAGGUGAUGAAAAUCAAGGUGCUGCGUUCCUGGUGCAGACAGAUCCUCAAAGGCCUCCACUUCCUUCACACCAGAGCCCCACCCAUCAUACACAGGGACCUGAAGUGUGACAACAUCUUCAUCACGGGGCCCACAGGUUCAGUGAAGAUAGGGGACCUGGGUUUGGCAACGCUAAAGAGGGCCUCGUUUGCAAAGAGUGUUAUAGGAACUCCUGAGUUUAUGGCUCCAGAGAUGUAUGAGGAGAAGUAUGAUGAAUCUGUAGACGUCUAUGCCUUCGGGAUGUGCAUGCUGGAGAUGGCGACCUCAGAGUACCCUUACUCCGAAUGCCAGAACGCCGCCCAGAUCUACAGGCGGGUCACAAGUGGAGUGAAGCCGGGCAGCUUUGAUAAGGUAGCCAUUCCAGAGGUGAAGGAGAUUAUUGAAGGCUGCAUCAGGACAAACAAGGAUGAGCGGUAUGCUAUAAAAGUCCUGCUGAACCACGCGUUCUUCCAGGAGGACACGGGGGUCAGGGUUGAGCUGGCAGAGGAGGAUGAUGGGGAAAUGAUUGCCAUUAAACUGUGGCUGAGGAUAGAAGACGUCAAGAAGCUCAAAGGCAAAUACAAAGACAACGAAGCCAUUGAGUUCUCCUUUGACCUGAACAAGGACGUCCCUGAAGAUGUGGCCCAGGAAAUGGUUGAAUCCGGUUACGUCGCUGAGGCUGACCACAAGACCAUGGCCAAGGCGAUCAAGGACCGCGCGUCUAUGAUCCGCAGGAAGAGAGAACAGAGGCAGCUGGUACGAGAGGAGCAGGAGAAGAGAAGACUGGAGACUGAACAACAACAACAGCUGCAGCAGCAACAAAUACAACAACAGCAACAACAGCAACAGCAACAGCAACAGCAACAGCAACUACACCAAGAGGCACUGAAAUCUGCACACACACAGGCAGAGGCAGGAGAGGACACUGAAGUGGAGCAACAGCAACAUCAUUAUCAGCAAACCGGCAUCUCUCACACAUCUGAAGGAGGUUUGGACAGCGGCCAGGGCUCCUCCGUUUUCUCCUCAGACUCCCCCCACCUGGGUCAGCUGACCAUGUCCUACAGCUGCCCCCCUUCCUCCCAGCCCCCUUCCCAACCCCAAACCCCCUACCCUCCCACCCCUUCUGCAAACCCUCAGCAGCACCCAGGCUACGCCCAGGCACCGCAGCAAAUGCCCGCGUCACGCCGUCGUCGAAAUCGUAGCAUGUCUGUAUGCGUCCCUCCCUCCUCCUACUCCUUCUCCCAUGCUCCUUCACCCCUGGCUGUUCGUCCAAAGCCACCCUCCACCCCUCCUCCAGACCUGUCCUUCUCCUCAUCCUCCCACACCACCACCUCCCCCCCGUGCAUGCCUCUCGCUGCUGAGAGGGACACAUUCGCUGGGCGCCUCUCCAAGGCCCUGGAGACAGUCCUCCCCCUUCACCCUGCCUCCUCCGUACCCAGGGCCAGGCAGCGGAGGGCCAGCCUGCCUGCCCUGUUCUCCAGCCCCCAGCAUUCAAUGCCGCACCCUUACAGCGGUGGAGCAGCAGGAGCAGGAGGCAGCAUCCCCCUGCCAAAUCUUCCAGAUCCCUCAACAAUUUUCUUCCCUUCCAUCCCUGAACGCCCCAUUUCCUUCUCUCCUCCUCCCACCGGGCCUCCUAAGGCCUACAACACCCAGAGGCGCAAGAGCACGUCAAUUCUGGAGGCACACACCCGACACUUCCAGCCUGCCUAUACUCGUUAUGGCAGCAGCCUGCAUCCUUUUUCUGGGAUGGAGGGAGUAGAGGCCCCCUCUCUCUUUAUGGUGAACCCAGGUUUUGCAGCAGCUGCUCAAAGACUUGGUGUUGGGGAGCCGCUGCAUCUCCCAGGACAAUCUGACCCGAGUAUGUACGGCUAUAAAGACAUGAGAGCAGAGCAUGAAGAAGCAGUGAGGAGGUUAAGUCUAAAUCAAGCUGCCUUAUUGGACCAUUAUGAAGCAAUGGCAUAUGGAGGAUACCCAAUGACUGCACACCAGCUUUUCCAUCAGCAGAGGCAAGCAGCGGCCGCAGCUGCUGGUUUGGGAUAUGAACCCGUUCCUCCACCGCAACCAGCGUUCUUGCACCCACACCUUAUGCAAAGAAUGAGUGCACACAGCCCCAUUCCUCAACCUUUAACCCCAAUGAGUGCCCCUGCUGGAGGUGCUGCUCCUUCUUCUUCAUCUGAUGGAUGUUACCCACAACAACAUGCUUCUCCAUCUGCUUUCUCCAUUUCUGCACCCCCCGUGAUGACUGAUGGCCCACCGCCAAGUGGAAGUGUAUUUGAGUUCCAUUUAGCUGCAGCCGCCGCCGCUGCUGCUGGAGACCCAAGCGUCCUCGCAUCCAGACUAUACCGACCCCGAAGGAGCUCCAUGGACCUCCCUCUGGAGGACAACACUGGAACCGGAUCAGGAGGUUCAGGCACAUACAGCCGACUCCAACCCGUGACAGAGGAGCUGUACGCAUACAUCAGUCCUGAGCUCCCUCUCCCCCCAGGGAGUCUUCUCCUCCACCACACAGGUGUAGCCGCCAAAGACAGAAGCCCUGAACCCUCCAGUGACUCUUUGGCGUCCUCUGAUGCCGGGGAGUUCCAAUCGCCUCCUCCACCACCGCUCCUCCAAUCAAUUGACUCCUCUGCUGCUCAGUCCAUCCCUCACUCCUCAUCCGCCUCCCUCUAUGACUCACCUGGAGGAGUUUAUCCCAUAGACCCCCAGGGGCAUCCACCCUCCAUGCAGGUCUUUCUCCCUCCCACCCUGUCCUCAGAGCUCUCUCUGGGGGGAGCAUCAUCCACUCAGCUGGAGUCUCUGAUGCAGAGCGCCUGGGCCCGACAUGGAGGAGUGAUACCAGCCCAGCCUGAUAUGACGUACCAUGAGUCAUUGCUGGCCAUGCAGGCCACAAACCCAACUCUGCAGCAGGUUCAGGCUCCCCCCUCUCAGCCCUCACCGGGACCCGCUAUGAUUCCUGCAAACACCCAGCCUGCUCCUCCUGGGACCUCCCAACAGGUCGUCUCAUCCAGUCAGAGCUGUGCUUCAAUUCAGAGCCCUACACACAUAUCUCUGCCGCAGGCGUCUGCACAGCCCAGUGUAACUCCGUCUGCCGCUUCCUUGGUGACCCCGCCCUCUUCGCCAUCCCUCCCCGUUUCCAUGCCGACAGCGGCCGUGGCCUCCCCUCCCUCUCCUCUUCCGGUCCCUGUUAGAGUGGUGCCUACUACUGUUGUUUCCCCUCCUCCUCCUCUUCCUCCUCCUCCUCCUGUGUCCACACCUGUGCCUCAGCCGUUGGUCACUGUGGUGCCAAUCAUCAGUGUAGUCACCGCCCCGCCUGAUACCCCCAUGGAAGCCCCUCCCCAGUCUGCCUCUCAGUCUUCAGAGCUGUCCCAGUCCCAACUACAGCCACCUCAAGUACUUUCAUCAAUCGAGAGUGGCCAUUCUGAGACUUCUGGUCUGAGCGACGGCAACGAGGGAGGAGGAGGCCGUCAUGAAGGUCGCUCCACUAAACGACAUCAGAGACGCUCUGUGCGAAGUCGAUCACGCCAUGAGAAGAUCUCAAAGGCCAAACUCAAUGUUCUCAAUAUCUCUAACCGAGGAGACAGGGUGGCGGAGUGUCAGCUGGAGACACACAACAGGAAGAUGGUGACUUUUAGGUUUGACCUGGAUGGAGACAACCCUGAGGAGAUUGCACAGAUCAUGGUCCAGAGCGAGUUUAUCCUGGAGAGUGAGAGGGAAUCAUUCAUUGAGCAGGUCAGAGAGGUGAUAGAGAACGCUGAUGAGAAAGGUCUGGAGAGAGAGGCAAACAGCAAGAUGGGAGGUGCUAUGGAGCAGCAGAUUCCUGUUAUUUCUGUCCCCAUGCAAGACAUCCCUCCCAGUGCCACAGCUCAAGUGGUCCAUUCAGCUGGUCGUAGGUUCAUCGUCAGCCCCGUACCUGAAGCCAGACUGAAGGAACAAACCCCCUCUCCUUCUCCUUCUCCUGCUACUGCUGCUCCUGUUGAAUCAGCUCCAGCUCAGCCUCCAGGUCAGGGUCCGCUGCUUUCCCAGUCUGCCGGGUCAAUCAGCCUACAACAAGCUUUCUCUGAGCUCAGACAGAACCAGACCCAGUUCGAUGCUGGACCCAGCACGGCCCCUGCUUCCAUCCACUCCACCCAUCCUCCUCUGCAGCCUGCAGCAGCUCCUGUCCCCUUACAGGCCAGCGCUGUCACUCCUCCUGUGGAUGCUACUGCUGGACUUGUCUCCUCUAAUUUAAACCAAACACAGGAACAGGUCUCAGAACCCUCCUCCUCUUUACCUACUGUGUGUCUCAGCCCUCCUUGCUCCUCCUCCCCUCUUCCUUCUGUGGUGAACCAGUCCGUCCAUCAGUCACAGGUACUUUCACAGUUGGGGAUGCAGGCCGCAUCUCAACCCCAGGGACCGGCGCAGGUUCAGGCGCAGGUUCAGGCGCAGGCACAAACUCCCCAACCUCCAUCUCAAACUGUUUCUGUUGUCACUUCACUACCUUCAGCUUUACCACCAUCCAGCAUCCCCCCAGCAAUGCUCCCCUCCCCUCCUCCUUCCCUGACUGCUGUAUCCUCCCCUCCUUGCUCCACUUUCAUACCCAGCGAAGUCUCCUCUGAUCAGGCGUCAGGCUCCCCAAUCACCUCCUCUACUCCCACACUCUCGUCCACUGUCAUCCCCACAACCGCCAUCCAGGGUCAGCAGAUCACUCCUCCUGCCUCGAUAUCCUCUCCCACUCCUUCAAACUCUUCUUCCUCCACUGUGGGGCUCCAGGCAGUUACCACAAACGCUCCUUCAGUCCAACCAACAUUGGUGCACUCACAGCCGCAGACAGCUGCACUGCCCGGGCAGACGCACACACAUUGUGGGGAAUGUGAUGCAAGGUGUGAAUCAUCCACUGAUUCUCAGGGCAAGCCCGACGAUAUCCAAGCCCUGGAGAAGAAGCUGCGCUCCCUCUUCAUGGACCUCGGUGGUGGUGUGCCCUCCGCAGACAUGUUAGCAUCUGACCCUGCCUCUGGAGCUCAUGCAGCAGGUACUUCAUCCCCAAUAGGACCCUCUUCUACCUCCAGCACAUCUGUCACCACACCUAGCUCCAGCCUGCCAACCAACCCUCCUCAGCCCCCCUCCAGCUUAGUGCUCGGGUCACUGGGAUCACCUGCUGCAAUCCAGGGACCUGGAACUCCGAUCUCCACCCCUGCACAGAUUGUUUCUACAGUCAUCCCUGCUGCAUCGUUUGGCCAGACCACUCCAUCCAAACCUCCUUUAACCAGGGUGCCAGCCAGUUCUCCUACUUCAGAACUCCUGCCAUCUUUCCCUGGACCCUGUCUAAUACAGUCCCAGCAGCCUUUGGAGGACCUGGAUGCUCAGUUAAGGCGAGCACUGAGCCCAGAGACAGUCCCUUUGAGCACACACACACAGGCAUCCCACAGUGGCGGACCUUCAAUGGGACAACCAAUUCCCUUCUCUUUAGAAGAAGAACCAACGUCCUCCUUUGCUCCUUCGGGGGGAGUUAAGCUGGGGAGAUUUCAGGUCUCACUGGCUGCUGAGGAGCCUUCUGUCAAACGCCCAGCCUGCACCGAAUCCUCCUCCACCACCUCGUCCUCCUCGUCUUCUUCCUCUUCGUCCUCUUCCAGUCUCUCCAGCCCGGAGAACACUCUGCACAAGGACUCCUUGAAUCCUCUGAGAACAGGAGGAGGACAAGGAGGGGAUGUUGUUGAUGGGCUCCCCCAAAGGACUCUGGGAGCGUCCCACCAGCCCUCCCCUGUCAAUUCACCUUGCCCUUCUCCAAAACCUGCCACAACGAUCGGACGCUUCCAGGUUACCACCAGCACAGAGGCCCGUGUUGGUAGAUUCUCAGUCAGUCGUGCCCAGGAGAAGAGUCCUGAGUCUAGUCAGACGCCUCCACCUGCUGCAAAAGCUGCAAACGGACCGAGUGAUCCUGGUCAGCUUCUGAGUCCCGACUCCACUCACAAAGCCUCCCUGCCAAGUCUCAACAACAACUCCUUUAAUAAUUCCUACAUGAGCAGUGACAAUGACUCUGAUUUUGAGGACGAAGACUUUAAACGAGAAGUCGGCCGUCUUAGAGAAAAGCACAUGCGUGAGAUUCAGGCACUCCACUCCCGCCAGAAGGACGAAAUAGAGAGCCUCUUUACAAAGCUAGGAAAGGUUCCUCCUGCUGCAGUGCUCCCUCCAGUCAUUGCCCUGACUGGAAGGAGGAGACGACCUACCAAAAGUAAAUCGUCCAAAUCGUCCCGAACCAGCUCCACGCACGGCAGUAAGAGUCCCUUACAGCCAGGCAGCACUUUAUCCGCCCAGAGCGUCCCCACCAUGUACCCCGGCCAGCUGGCUCUGUUAACCCCGGGAGGAUUAGCCGAUUCAGGCGGCAGCACAAUCCUCCAGCCACUCAAACCCUCUCCCUCCAGCAACAACCUGUGCUCCGCCUACACCAGCGAGGGGGCACUGUCUGUACCCAGCCUGUGUGCUCCCACCCCAGGCUGUGUAAAGUUCAGCUGGGGUUCGGAGCGUUUGGCCUUCAAGCCUGGCGGCAGGAGGACGCGCUUUCUGAGUACGCCCUGCUUGGCUCUUUGGAAGAUGGUGAAAAAAGUCUGCCCCUGCAACCAGCUCUGUAGGACGAACAGCACCAACGCAGUGAGUGGUUCGGGCACUUUGGGUCAGAGCCAGGGUGGUUCCCAGUGUCUGCCCCCCAACAUAUCAGUCCCCCACCAGAGGAAAGGAACCUUCACUGAUGACCUCCAUAAACUGGUAGACAACUGGGCCAGGGACGCCAUGAACCUCUCACAGGGGAAGAGGAGUGCCAAACAGCUGCAGCAGGCUCCAGCACAAGGACACAGCUAUGAGGUCAUCCAGUCCGCUAGUCUGGGAAGGAAGUACUCUGCCCCCAGUCAGCUGUGUCCUAGCAGCAUAGGAGGCUCCGCCCACCUCCCCACAAACCCCACCACCGCUACCUCUCUGGCCAUCCGCAAGGGCUCCCUGUGCCACCCUCCUGCCUCCUCCACUCCCUCUCAACCCCAACCUCCCCAGUUCAUCCACUACACCCCCAGCGCCGCCUACAGCGCACAAUGGUCUGGUCCUACUCACAGCCUCUCGACCCCGCACCAGGCCCCUGCACAGCCCGGGCCCCUGCUGGUCAGCACUUCCCAGCCCCUCGGCCCUUACCCAACAGUCUCGGUUGGAGGGCAGAGCCAGAUCCCCGGGCAGGGUCCACUCCAGGCUUUCCAUCUCGCCAAUGCUCUGCAGAAGUCCGUCAGCAACCCAGGAGGACCCAACCUUAGGACCACGUAGGGCUGGAGGAGAGGGCUGGUUUGAAUCACGGCCCUACUGGACUGGACCGGAGUGGAACAGGAAGUUUUGCGCUUGAAUUGCCGUGGAGGAUGGAAGAGCUGGAGGCGAGCGAGGAGUUUGAAGUGACAGAAGAAGACAGGAAACAGGAACUGAAGAAGAGAAAUCAGGAAUGACCUCUGUUUCCAUCCAUGUGUGUGAAGCUGUCAUAAAGUAGUCACAUGGUCACCCUUCUUGCUGUGUUCGCCCGUUGGCUUGUGUGUCAGCCAAACGCUCCAAGAUAAAGAAAAGAGACUCAUGAGUGCAAUGUAAACAGGCCAAAGAGGUAUUGACAGGGUGCAGGAUUGGUGUUGGUAACUGUUGUGUUAAAGCACUUAUCACUCAGUCGCACUUGUUUCUAUGAGCUCCAAAUCUUGCGCACAAGUCUUUAUGAGGCGGGUCAAACAGUAUCCCUUUUGAGAUAUUGCAGAGGAGAUGUUGCAUCAUGUUGAGAGGGAGGAAUGUAGCGGCAAGCUUUUAUAGAAACCAAAUUUAGUCUUUUUGUCCACACAGCAACUCUGAAUAGCUUCACAUGCUGGAGUUGCUUAAUAUAUUUGGAUCUUCUGGAACUUGGGCUGAGUGUUUUUGUAAAAUACUCAAUGUCUGAAAGAAGAUAGAAAAAUGCAGAAAUGUGGGCUUUACCAGAUGUAAUACUAAGAUGAUGAGAGCUCUACAAAGAGAGGAGCAUGGAUGGCCAUUAUGAUGGUUUGUUUGUCAAACAUAAAGCUUAGCUUUAUCUGAAGUUCAGGUGAAGUUAGAAAUUGGUCAAACUGUUAAACAGAUGGAGAGAAAUGGAGGAAAGAAAGAAGAAAAGGAAGAGCAGAGAGUGUUUGGCUUUGAUUCAAAUCAAACACCUCUUCGGUUUUCCGCUGCUUUCUCUCCGGCAAAGUUCUGAAGUACGCGAUCAGUGCUUCUGCACAGCGAACGCCUCCUCACCAUCACGACUCCACCUCUCCCUCCAUCCAUCCAUCCAUCCCUCCCUCUCUCUCUCUCUCUCACUCCGCCUCUCUGUUGCCAUUCACAGCAAUAACAGCAGCAACCUUUUAGAAAAAACAUGAGUGGACUCGGCGUGAAACAGUGGCCUUGUUAGAAUAAUAUCGAGUCCCUGUACAGUUUGUGUCUCGGUUUAUUUUUUUAGGAUGUCGGCUAUUAUGAUUCCAUUUGUUGUUCAGUUUUGUUUUGUUGGGUUGUGUUUGGCUUGCUGCACUCAUACACACACACACACACACACACACACACACACACACACACAUACACAAUCAUAUGAAUACACACAGACUCAUGUAAAUACAUGCACAUUGUUUUGAGGCGUAGCAGCAGUUUAACAUGCACACAUUAAUGCCUCAGUUCUCAUUAUCAGUAGUUUGCUUUCAACAUUUGUGUUGAAAUGAUUGCAAUGUACAUUAAUGUCAUAAUUAUUGUUGUGAAUGAUUAUUAUUGUAUUUAAAAAGAAACAAAAACAAGAGCUUGUUCUGUCGACGGACCUGUUAUACGAGCACAUCGGUGUACGAUGUGGAAACACUGUGAUUACUGUUGUUGAUUCUUAGCCAAUGUUGUUGGACAACAUUAGAUUUAGGGUGAAAUGUCGCAAAUAAAGAAAACAAAAAGCAAACGGGGGACGGCUUUGGGGUGCUUUCACUUUCAAUUCACUGCAAAUUCAGCAGAAAAUGUGAAAAAAAUCUGUAAAAAAAACCAACUUCUUUACAAUAACGGUCCGGUUCAGAGGACUUUAUCCCAAACAAAUGCCUUACAACUACUAAUCAUCUGCAGCGUCAGUCUAUUAAACCUGAUCGAAUUGAAAGUGGAAACGGACCUCAGCGCCUGCUCACAAAGACAUCCGUGGUGGAAAGCAGGAUAGUUGAUAUUUAGAUAUUAAAGUAAUGCUAGCUAUUUUUUUCUUAAUACAGUACUUAUAUAUCAGACACUUUAAAUAGCCCUCAUCUUCCCUUUCUCCCCUCGUUCUGUUAGAUGAAUGUGAAUGUAUAAACCAAUGGUGUCCAUUUUAAUGUACUUGAAAACUGUCUGUUUUUUUGUUUUUUUUUGCUUCCCCCCGACCCCCCUCCUGACCCCAACACCACCUAGAGCCUCCGGUGCAAACUGGAGGUGCUCACUAGUGCCUUGCAUCCUUCUUUUUGCUUGUUUUAUCGGGGGUCGAGGAGUUUGGGUUACAGUAAGCACACUUGGCAGCAUGUGUGGAGAGUUUUUUGGAGGUGUCAAUUUGAAGUCAGCGCUGGUUAUUUGAUUGCAGGCGUGCAGUAGAUGGGUAGAGAUGCAGUAAUGAUAGCUGCUACUGUGUGUUCUUCGGCUGGUUUGUGGUUAGUUCUCUUUGAUUGCAACUAAUAGUGAGUGUAAAUCAAGAAUGUUGGAUUUACAACGGCAAAAAUAUCAUACAUUUUAACCAUAACUUAUCCUGUUUCUGCUGCCAUUGAAGCCAAUAAGAUUGACCACUGAAGAUUUGAAACAGGCUAACACACAAUGGGCCUGACUGUGACACCACCGUGAUGAAGAGACUGAGGGAACAUGAGAGUUAAUCAGUGCCAUUUUUUGUUUUCAGAGUUUUAAAUGUAGAUGUUGGAAGAGGGAAAGAGGUGGAUAUAUUAUAUUUUUUUCAGGAGGGAGUUGUUGAAGAUUGUAUUUGAAGCUUGGACCACUCUGUACUUUAGAGGCACUGGCCCACACAGGAGGAGCAGGAUACAGUCAGCAGAGGACGUAUCGGUAAAGAGAUCAAAAAAUGUGCUCCUUUAUUUUAUGUUUGAUGUUUCCCUCUUUGCUGAUGUUAUUACCAAAAACCGAUGAUGUUAUGGAAAGUCUGCUGUGCUGGUAUUGAGCCCAGUUUAAUCAUUCAGCAAGCUGUGAGAGCAGAUUAACAUUUUUUUCUAUAUUUUUUAACUAGGUAAACCAUUUGAGGCACAUCUAUUACAAACUGUACGGUAAAAACACAACAUAGCAGCCUCAAAGUGAGCCAAAAAACCCUGAAAACUUUGCUCUGAGUAGGAUUUUACUCACAUAUUUGGUAGAAGUUUGCAUUAGUCUUAACUGACUACGAAUAAAUGCACCAAAUGUCUCUAAAUUUGUACGUCAAAGUAGCUUAAUCCUGAUUGGUGCACAAUUGUGGGCUUAUGCAAUCAAGCUCCGCCCACUUGUAAAUUUGUGACAUUAUGAUGAGUUAAUGCACAAUCAUUUCAUUGAAAAUAACCAAAACUUUCCAAACUUUACCACAUUUUUUCAGCUUUAAUACCACUCACUCAUAGUCUGAAGCUGAUUCAGACAGUAUUGUAGUUUCGGGGCCUUUUAGUGUCAAAAGCAGCAUUAAAAAAAUACAGACAGCUAAGCUGUAGGAGCCAUCCUGCGCCUUAAGUGUAACCCAGUGUUACCCCAUUUUUAUCCCACAUGGAAAGAUGUCAGCUGUCUUACAUUUUAUUAACAAUAAGCAUUUAAAGGGCCAGCAGAGGUGCUCUGACUUCUUAACGGGUUUCGUAGGGAGUGCCACCUCAUCAGAGACCUGCAGGUAUAGGGCAAACAGCAUGUCUUUUAAAAGGUAUGAAUAUUGUCUCACUCACAUUGCAUGAUUCUUCAGCGGCACUAUUUGGGCUUUAUUCACAGAGUGAAUGUAAAGGAGUGUUUAACAGUGUUAGGGGCGUCACAGUGCUAGAAGUGGUGUUGGUGGUGGUUAUGAUGAGUGCACUGGUAGUGAUGAUGGUGGUUGAAAUGAUAGCAGAGUUUAGACUCAAGGUCUUUAACACCCUGUCCUCCUUUUUCUUUUUAUUCUUCAGUGAAAGACAUCUGGUACACACUUUGACAUUCACUUCUCUGUUUUUUGUUGUUUUGCUGGGAAUAGGUUUGUGCAAGUAAUCAUUGCUUUUACCUCUUCUUUCCAUUUCUCGUGAAUAAUGAUGCAACAUUUUACUACUAGGCAAGUUUGGUUGAAGCUGUGAAUAAUCAUUUGAGCCACUUUGCUUUAGUUCUUGUUCAAAGCACUCUGUUUAUUAUGAUCUGUUGAAGAAGUCAAACCUUUCAUGAUGCCACCAACUCAGUGCCAUUUGACUUCAGUGGAGUGGAAACAUCUGAUGUGAAAAAACUAGUGCGUUUCACUUCUUUUUUCUCACUGGAGCUGCUUCGGUUGCCAUUUAACAACCCGGAUUUGUUCAUUUUGCAUCUGCUCGAACCUUUAAUGAUUUCCACAGUAAAAGUUUGAUGUCAUUUUGCAGUGUUUAUAAGUUAUUACUACAAACAGAAAAAAAAAUAAAGCAAUGCAAUAUUAUUUAAAGUUAGAGUUUGCUUUGGGUUCUGCGCCUGCUGGAAGACUCUUUUUUUUUUUAAAGCUCCAUCAGUCAGUGCAAUUGUGGUGAAGUUGUUUUAGAGUUGUAAUGGAGGGCUCUUACUGUGAAAGGGUUGGGAGUAUUCCAGUUUGGGCACUCUUAUUGUGAAGUAUUCUGAAGUCAAAGUGAGAAGUAGGAUUCUUUUUUUCUGGUGACACACAUGCAGUGUAGCAAUAGUUGUUUUAAACUCACACAUUACAUUCAGUGUCUGUUUUUACAGUUCUUGCCUGCUUGGGACAUGUUUAUAUUUUCUGCUUUUUACUGUAACGUGCCCACAUGUACAAAAUGCCUUUCAGAUCAACACACACACACACACAAACACACACACACACACACACACACACACACACACACACACACACACACAUACACACAGAUUCAUUCAGCGCAUAUCUUUGCUUGCUCCUUCGGACUGUUACUGAAAACAUGUUGAUUAUGUUUCUGCUCUCACUGACUUUUUUAUUUUUUAUUCCUCACAUGUUUUAUCAGCAGUUUUAAUGUCUCUAGCAGCACCUAACUUAAUUCAGUGGUUUCAUAUUUUUCUGUAACGUGUUUGACAUUGUACAAAGUGGUUGAAUUUAAAAAAACACAUGGAUGAAUGAAUAACAAAAUCAAAAAAGUACAUGUAGGGAGUCAUUGGCAGCCUUCAACGGUAUGUUUUGCACUAAGUAUAGAGUGUUCAAGCUUCAUAUUAAAAAAAACUUUGCGCUUUGCGCUCCAAUACAAUGAAAUUUGUUACUUUAUUUGUAAAAACUUAAUAAAUAAAAGUUGUUUAAAUGAA